AUGAAAGCGCUCUGCAUCCCGAAGCUUGAACUGCAGGCCGCGUUACUCGCUACUCCCUUGAAGGAAGAUGUCCUCAAAGCUCUAACCAUUCCUGUGUCAAACACGUUCAUGUGGACUGACAGCACCACUGUGCUCCAGUGGUUAAACUCAGGUAGUAAGCAACCCACGUUCGUGGCAAACCGGAUUGGAGAGAUUCUGGAAAGUACGACCGUAGACCAGUGGUUUCAUGUCUUAAGUGGAGACAACCCUGCUGAUACGGGCACCAGAGGAAUCUCAGCGGAGUCCUUAAAAACAGGCAGCUGGCUGGGACUGUUAUGGAUGACGUGUCAGCUUAUUCACGACGCAGACGAGAAAGAGAAACUGGAAAACGAAGAGGAGAAAUGCGAGCAGUGA